GUACACAGAUAGCCACACAAGCAAACGCAUCGAUAAAGAAAAAAAAAAUGGAUGCUUUCAUGGGGUCAGUGCUGGGUGCCCUCCUGGCCGUGCUCGCCUCCACGCUGCUGAUCGGAGCGCUGUUCUUUCUGGUGUGGAAGCCCUACGUCGUCACCCGGUGGUUUCGGGGCCAGGGCAUCGGGGGCCCAAGCUACAGGUUCCUCGUCGGCUCCCUGCCGGAGAUCAAGCGGAUGAAAGCCGCCGGCAGCAAGAUCACACUCGACGUCGGCUCCCAUGACUUCGUCCCCAUCGUGCAGCCGCAGUACCGUAGAUGGGUAUCCGAUUACGGGAAGACAUUUCUGUACUGGUUCGGCGCGGUGCCGACCAUCUGCGUCGCCGAGGUGGGCCUGGUGAAGCAGGUGCUCGCGGAGAGGACAGGCCUGUUCCCCAAGGACUACAUGAACGACAGCAUGGAGGUACUCCUUGGCAAGGGUCUCGUUCUCGCCAACGGCGAAGACUGGAAACGCCACCGCGAGGUGGUGCACCCGGCCUUCAAGCCCGACAAGCUCAAGACGAUGUCGGUGGUCAUGGCCGACCUGGUGCAGCGGAUGAUGCAGCAAUGGCGAUCUCAGAUACAGCGGGCCAGCAACCAUGAGGCUGAAAUUGAACUCAGCAGCGAGUUCUCGGAGCUGACUUCAGAUGUCAUCGCGCACACGGCCUUCGGUACCAGCUACAAGGAGGGUAAGGAGGUGUUCGUCGCGCAGAAGGAGCUCCAAGAACUCACAUUCUCGACAUGGCUUGAUAUCCCUGCUCCUGCUUGUCUAAGGAAACUGAAAUUGCCAACUAGCAAGAGCAGCCGACGAGUUGAAGAGCUGGACAAGAAGGUGAGGAGCAUGCUCAUGGCGAUAAUCGAAGGGCGCCUUGCCGCGAGGGGCACCAGUGGAUACGGCAACGAUCUGCUCGGCCUGAUGCUCCAAGCGCGCGCUCUGGAGCAAGAAGGGCACCAGAUGCUCACCACGGAGGAGAUCGUGGACGAGUGCAAGACCUUCAUCUUCGCUGGGCAGGACACCACCUCGCACCUCCUCACCUGGACCAUGUUCCUGCUUAGCAGGUACUCUGAGUGGCAACACAGGCUGAGGGAGGAGGUGCUGAGAGAGUGUGGCGAUGCAGUGCCAAAUCCGGACACAGUCACCAAGCUCAAACUGGUUAACAUGGUUCUUCUCGAGUCAUUGAGGCUCUACAGCCCCGUGGUGUUCAUAAGAAGGGCCGUAGGCUCAGACAUCCUGCUCCGCAGCACGAGGGUGCCCAAGGGAACAAUGCUGUCGAUACCAAUUGCAUUGCUGCACAGGGACAAGGAUGUCUGGGGCCAAGAUGCUGACGAGUUCAACCCUGACAGGUUCGAGCAUGGCGUGUCCAAUGCCGCUGCCAAACACCCCAAUGCCCUGCUGUCCUUCUCCCAGGGGCCUAGGGCUUGCAUCGGCCAGAACUUCGCGAUGCUUGAGGCCCGUAUCGGGAUCGCCAUGAUCCUUCAGAGGUUCUCGUUUGAGCUCUCGCCAAACUAUGUCCAUGCACCCAAGGAAGCGGUCACCCUUAUGCCCAGGUUCGGGCUUCCCAUCAUCCUGAGGAACCUUCACGAUUGAGAUGUGCUACCAUAAAUAUAUAUACGCACUGCCACUUCCUUUUGCCCGAGGUUUGUCACACUAAACAAACACUUGUGGGUAUUUGGUAUGUCAUUAUGUGAUGCUGUUGUAUUUUUUUACUUUAUUUACGGUUUGCUUUAGUUUCUUACGCAGAAUGUAAUGAAUAAAAACUUGUCAGGGAGAUUACCUGCAAUAAUUAUAGUUGUGUUCCUACA